CCCUCUUUCCGGUUUUUGGCUGGCAAAGAUGGCCGCAGCAGGUGAAGAAGAAGAAGAGCGGACGGGAGGGGAGGAUUGGGGUUUGCCUUCAGAAGUGGAAGUCUUGGAGUCUAUCUAUUUGGAUGAGCUUCAUGUAUUUAAAGGAAACAGAUCUAUUCCCUGGGAAAUCUCCAUCACCCUACACCCAGCAACUGCUGAGGAUCAAGAUUCUCAGUAUGUCUGUUUCACCCUUGUAUUGUCUGUGCCUCUGCAGUAUCCAAAUGAAAUACCAAAGAUUGCUAUCCAGAAUCCUCGGGGAUUAUCAGAUGAACAGAUUCAAAAAAUUUCCCAGACACUGCAAGGUAUUGCUGAGAGCCAACUGGGUACACCUGUGCUGUAUGAACUAAUAGAGAAGGGAAAAGAAAUCCUCACAGACAACAACAUCCCUCAUGGGCAGUGCGUGAUUUGCCUGUAUGGCUUUCAGGAGAAUGAGGCUUUCACCAAAACCACAUGUUAUCAUUACUUCCACUCACGUUGUCUUGCUAGUUAUAUAGAAUAUAUGGAGAAAGAAAUCAAUGCACAGAAGAAAGAAAGAAUGCAGCAUUUGACAACUGUGUCCAGAGAGGAUAUUGAAGUGCAAUGCCCUGUGUGCAGGGAGCCUCUCGCGUAUGACCUUGCCACACUGCAGGCAGCACCAUUACCACAGCAGUUAAUGGAAAUAUACCAGCCUGACCAACAGACACUGCAGCACAGAGAGCAGCUGCGUCAGCACUUCCAGAGGCAGCAAGAAAAAGGUGGCAUCAUUGACGUGGAGCUGGAAAGAAAUCGCUAUUUUGUUACCCUGCAAAGGCCCUCUGAUGUCAGGGAAUAUGACCAUAUAGCCAUCUUGGAAAACGACUUGGGAACUAAGAAUGAGCUGAAGUCACCAGCCAUUUCAGAACACACUCAAAGUACAACACCCAUGAGCGAUGAGGUAAAAAAUACAGAUACAUCAUCAGUUAGCUUGCAUCACCAUAAUAGGAGAGAAAGAAAUCGAGGGGAGAAGUCAUCUUUACAAAAUCCUAGCUGGCAAUUACAUUAUAAGACAUUGGAGAUGGCAACAGGAAAGUAUGUUGAGGAAGAACCUGAAGCCUUAAGUAGGAGAUCUAAUUGGAAGAAGGAAAGAGGGCGGUGGAACUAUGGGAGAUACAACCAAGAUAUUUCAAAAUCUUAUAGCCACAACCAGGAGCCUUCAUUUUUGGAUAAAAAAGAUUUGUGCGCCAAAGAUCUCCCAUCAGCCAAAGAAGAGAAAAACAAUAUGGACAAGUGGAUACCAAUGCCAAAAACUCAAGCCUCAAACAGAGAGAAAGUGGACAUUUGCCAUAGUGAGCUCAGAGGACAGAACACAUGGCAAGGUCAGCAUGGUAUUCAGAACUGUGAGAGAUGGGAAAAGACCAAAGGAAGAGAGUAUGUAACUUAUCCCAGAAUGCCAAGAGGUCGGGGGCAAUCCAGGCCAAAGCCACGGAAAGAACUUCAGGGCCCAGAGACGGAAGGAAGUUCUUAGCUGAUGGCAAUCAAGGGGGAGAACACUGAUCACUUUGUCAUGUUGCCUUUCAGACAUUGACUCUUCCUUAUUUUAGCAGGGGGGACACCCCCCAGCUGUCUUGGGAGUUUUCUCUAAUGCACUGGCAGUAUGUAUUGUUGGGAUGGCAUCAGUUUUGCAAACAAAUAUUCUGUUUGUGAGGAUUAGAAUGCUGCAAAGGGACAAAUGCCUAAUUUGAGAGAGCAAUAAAUGACAGUCACAUACAGUUUACACGUAUAUUGAAAUAUCUUCUAGCAAAAUGGAGCUAUUUUAGUGGUCGGGAGUGAAAUCCCUUAGUUGGAAAGGCCAUUGGAAAAUGCACUGUUAAACACUUAGAAUAUUUUUAAAGAGGUACAGGUCUCCCUCUUUAUUGUCCAGGGGUUUCGAUCAAUUUUGCCACAUUGCUUACUAUUUAUGGUCACUAGUGCUAAACAUAAUGGCAAAAGAGUGCACUAUAGUAUCAGAUUUAGAAUUAGCCCUGGGAAUUAAUCCUACUAAUUAAUCCUUUUAUGUGUAAAUGGUCCUCUGAACCACAGAAGUCUGCAGUUAAGCUGCAUACUGGGAUGUGAGGGUUUUUAAAGUGAUCUUUUCACUACUGUUAGUACCAAAGUACCUUCUAUUUUAUAUGAUUAAACAGUUGGUCUCCA